AUGUCUGGCAGGAGAGACAGCCUGACGCCUCCCGAGAGGAGCGGGACCAAAGAUCCCGGAGCCCAUGAGCUGGAUUCAUCCGAAUCUGAUGAUCACUUCUCUGAUGCACAGUCCGUUCCUCGCAGCCCUAGCGCCUCUCCCAUACCUAAGCUCCGGGUCGAGAAGGUCAGCCAUGAGCCGUCCUAUGGCGAAGUUCCGGGUACCGAGGCGUAUAAGAUGAGAGAGGAGGACGCAGAGCCAGACGAGAUUGCUGUUGUGCCCGAAGAGAAGAAGUCAUCCGACGGCGAGGAUGAGGCAGGGGACAUCAAGUCGCCCGCGACUCCUGGCGGUCACCCAAUCCCCAAGACAGUGGUGGAGGAGAGCUCUGGCAACUCAGUGGCACAGUCCCACCCUGAAGUCAAACACAAGGGAGACGCAUCACCGGAUGUACUGAUCAAGUCGCCGGUCGAGCAGGAAGGCACUGUUGAGCCAAUAUCACCCGCGUUGUCCUCGCCGCAAUCUGUUCGAUCAAGACGAAAAUCCUCUAUUGCCAAGAAGGAGGUGGAAGGCGCUGAUGAUGGUGACGAUGAGUUUGGGGAUGAUUUCGACGAUUUCGAGGAGGGUGACGAGGAGGCGGAGUUCGAUGACUUCGACGAUGGGUUCCAAGAGCCCGUGACACCCGCUGCCCCUGUCCCAUCAUCAGCGCCGGCUAUACAGCCAUUAUCAUUUUCAAUACCCGACUUCGAUGGGCUGGACCCGGACGAUAUUGUCAGAACGACGGAGCCCUAUCUCGACGCUCUCUUCCCCACCACAGCAGGCGAUGACAUGCCACCAACACCCACAGUAUCUUCAAAAGACAAUCCCAUAUUCCUCACCCAGCGCUCCGCCUCGCUCUGGUCUCAACUGGUCGCCCCACCGCCCCUCCAGCCGCCGGACUGGAUCCGUUCUCGCAUCCGCCGGCUCUUCCUCGUUUCCCUUGGCGUGCCCGUCGACCUAGACGAGAUUCUGCCCGCAUCAAAGCAGAAGAAACUCGUGCUCCCGUCCAUGAACUCCCCGCGCACGUCCACCGACUCCCGACGAUCUGGCUCACGCGCCCCCUCGCGGUUGAAAUCGCCGCAGCCGGGACAGGAGAGUGUUCCGGACGGGCCGGUAUCGUCCAAACCGAGAGGCCCGCCACCCCCACCCGAGUUUGACCUCGUCGCCGCGCGGCAGCUGUGCACGACCACAGAUGAGGCGCUAGACGGCAUGACGGACGGUGAGCUGAAGGAGCACAUCGGCCGGCUGGAGGGGCUGGAGGGCACCGCCAUGGCGGUGCUGGAGUACUGGAAGGAUAGGACCGAUGAGCAGAUCAAGGAAAGAGAGGCAUUCGAGGGUGUCAUCGAGAACCUGGUCAAACACGCGCGGAAGACGAGGAAGUGAAAAUAAGAUUGUAGACGCUCAGAGGGCCUCCUUUGACAAGUAAAGAGGCCCCAAGCUCGGAAGGACCAUGAAUAUUGGGAGAGCCUUGCGCCUCGUGCACAGAAAUUGCUAGCUAGCUUACCACAAUGAAUCUUGGAAGCCGAUCACCAAAGUCUACCGUCCUCCCCGCGUCUACGUAGUGGUACAUCAUCGGUAGGAUAAACAUGAGGACUCUGCCUUCCUCUCAAUCAACGUUGUGGAAGGAAACUUAGUGUGCACAUGUCCUGACUUUACAAGGAACCCGAAUCCAUGACAGAAAUGGCCUAUACCACGACCAAACACUCUUGUCUCACACAAAAUGUGCUCACCACGGAAACACGUCGGCGAAGCGGAAAUUUUGUACUGUGACUGA